AUGACAGCCGAUAAUAUUCGAUCUGUUCAAAUGUCAACAAUCAAUGAUAAAAUAUUUCAAUGUGCACAAUCAACUUGUUUACCAUUUUAUAAUCUUACAACAUCAGAUGUUCUUCGAUGUCAAAUCGAGUGUUUAAAUCAGAAUCAAUGCAUAGCAAUUACUUUUUAUAGAACAAAUUUUCAAUGUCAAUUAUUUAAUAAUUCAUUAAAUCAAAAUGGAAAUAUGUCAUAUGAAAUGAAUGUGGUAACAAUGAUUACAAUUGUUGGAACACGAUAUCCACUUGAUCUUACUAUAUUUCCAACAUCAACAACAUCACUUUCAACAACAGAAGCACCACGCGGUAAAUAA